CACCACUUCAAAUCCCUCCUGAAACUAUGGACUCCAUUUAGAGAGAGAGAAGAUGUUCAGGAACCAGUACGCCACCGACGUAACAACAUGGAGCCCACAGGGCCGUCUCUUCCAAGGCGAGUACGCAAUGGAGGCCGUAAAGCAGGGCUCGGCGGCAAUUGGGCUCCGAUCCAAGGCCCACGUGGUGUUGGCCUCGGUUAACGAGGCCCAGUCCGAGCUCUCCUCCCACCAGAGAAAGAUUUUCAAGGUCGACGACCACAUCGCCAUCGCCAUCGCCAGACUCACCGCAGACGGCCGCUUACUGUCAUGUUAUAUGCGGUCUGAAUGCAUUAAUUACAGCUAUACGUAUGAGUCCCCGUUGCCUGUGGGUCGACUCGUUGUUCAGCUCGCUGAUAAGGCCGAGGUUUGCACCCAGCGCUCAUGGAAACGACCUUACGGUGUUGGUUUGCUGGUAGCUGGCUUGGAUGAAUGCGGGGCUCACCUCUACUACAACUGCCCAAGUGGAAACUACUUCGAAUAUCAAGCUUUUGCCAUUGGGUCCCGCUCACAAGCCGCAAAGACGUACUUGGAACGCAGGUUUGAGAGCUUCGCGAGCUCUUCGCGAGAAGAUUUGCUCAAGGAUGUGCUUUUCGCUUUAAGGGAAACUUUACAAGGAGAAAAGCUCAAUAGCUCAACGUGCACGGUUGCUGUGGUAGGAGGAGGAGAGGCAUUUCAUAUAUUGGAUAAUGAAAGUGUGCAAUCGUUGAUUGAUGCAUUUGAAAUUGUGCGAGAAGAAUUUCCACCUGCUGAAGAAGAAGGUGCUGCCGCUGAACCUGCUGCCGAUGACCAAUGUGCCACUGCCGAGGGGGGUGCGGCUCCAAUGGAUAUUUGAGGAUACAACAGCUGUUGCCUAUUUAGAAAAAAGAGCUGUCGUUUGCGUCCCCAUCUGUCCAAGGGGGGCUCUUUAGAGGAUUGGAUAAUGAGGUUAGGCGAUGCGGUUGGUGAGACUGACGAUGGAAUUGAAAAGCUUGGCUCGGGCCAUUCUGUUUAUGCAAUACUGUUUUG